CAUGGUCACGGCAUAGAUUGUGGAGCUAUCGCUUCCCAUGAUGACUGAAGCCUGGGCUUCAGGCUUACAGGGCCAUGAGAAGAAUAGUGAGGACAGUAAAAUAUUGGGCUGAGUGUCUCCGGUUUUUGACACAUGCUCAGUAACCUGCAGAACGUGGGCUUUCCUUCCUUCAUGCUUACAAUGGGUCUCUUGAGUAAGAGUUAGUCAAGCUGUAGGCUCAUCAUUGAUAAGCCUACAAUGCUGCCUGUCACUUCUGUUGAUUAUUUAUGCUGCAAAACAAAUGCAAAUCCUAAAUCCAAGGGCACCGAAGCUCAAACUGCCCUUUACCAGGCUGCUGUUCGUGAGUGAUCACCUGGAAUAUUCCCCAGGGUCCUGAAAUUGGGUUGAAAAGGGACACCAAUGCUACAGCUAAAAGCCCACCCUUUCUGUGCAAAUGGAAGCCACACAAAGGUCUCAAAUUUGUUCUGUCCCCUGCUACAAGAAACAUAAAGAACAGUGUCUAGCAAAACCGGAUCAGGUUGUAAAGACGCCGAUUACAGACACAUCCUCACUUUUCAGAAGAGUUAAACCAGGGCAAGGAGAAGGAAGCCAUUGGUCUGUAGAUGAUAUCCUGACAGAAGAUGAUGAGGUGGACAGAGUCCCGCUGCAGAAACUCAAACUCUUAGGGGAGUCUAAAGAACUGAGAAACUUACUACUCAACCCCCAUCUGCAGCAACUGCUGCUAACUGUAGAUCAAGCCAAAGAAAAAGAUUCCCUCAUGAAAACAUAUAUGCAAGAGCCAUUAUUUGUGGAGUUUGCAGACUGCUGCUUGAGAGUUGUUGAACCUCCAGAGAAAGAGAAUUGUCUUCUGGACUGAGAGACGCUUUAGGAACAGAACUAAUCAUGAAUUUUUCUAAAACUGGAACAAACAUUUUAUUACCAUGUGCUUUGCUGAAACAGCCUCAGGUGUGUUUUCCUUCAGUAAAACAUAUUUAACUCCUGGA